AAAUGAAAACCCGGAUCGAAACCGCUAUUAGGCCAACUUUUAGGAACACCCGGCAUCAUCAAGCCGAAACUUGGACAGAAAAUGACAGAUAUCGUUUUCAUGUUUCAUAAUCAAACUUGAACGUUAAGAACGAUAACGACAGUUACGGUACUACAGCUUCAAACACAAGGAGUGUAUUGAUAGAGGCACAGGCACCAUCACUCAUUGCUAUCAGAAAUUGAAGAAUGGAUGAAUCUGAAGAACAACCUCCUCUCAAGCGUCCAUGCUUGGAAUUUCAAAGAACUGACAAUGUGGAUAUUGCUGAAGAAAUCAAGAUACCUUGUAGUCCUGGGAUGUCUGCUACCAUCUCCCUUCCCACUACAUUUCCAAAUUUAUCGUCAACACAGAUCAAGAACACUGCUGCUGCUGCAUCAUCUCUUGGCAUUACAUCUGCUACCUCUCCUCACUCCUCAUCCUCUGCUCCCAUCCCUGCUACAUCCAUUGUCUUGGUUUCUACUGUGUCUUCAGCAUUGAUUCCUGCUACAUCUUCUGCUUCUACUACAAACUCAUCUCUUGCCUCUCUUACUGCCAUUACAGAUACCAAAGUUCAGCAUCCUCCCACCUCUGCUGCUUCUCCCCAGACUGAAGAACCCAAGUUGCCUAGCAUUGCUCCUAAGAAUGACACAGUGCUGAUUGAAUCUUCUAUUGAUCUGCCAAUAAGUGUGCAUCCACCUUCUGUCACUGAAUCAUUAUGUACUAUCAAAACAUCUCUGUUAAGCAAUCCUCAAGCCCAGCUUCCUGAAACUACACCAAAUUCUGCAGAUACUAUUAAGUCAAGCAGUUUACCUCCACCUUCUGAUAAAUCUGAAGUGGUUGCUGAUCUAGCCAAACAAACCACUAUGUUGUCUGAUGAUUUACCAUCAAAACCACCUGCUAGUGAUUUGAAACCAAGAGAUUCUAUUUUGUCCCUCAGUGAAGCUGCCACUGUACAAACUACUCCACUUGAUGGUCCAAGUAUGGUCAAAGCAAACGUUCUUGGAGAAGAAACUAAGGUCACUCUUUUUAGCUCUGAUGGGCCUGCUGAGGCUGGUAAAUUUCCUAUAUCUGAGGUCAAGAGCCAUUCAGUCAGGCCUUCUACAUCAGUAUCUUCUACUGAUGCUCUAAUCUUGGCAUCUUGCACUUCAUCUUUAGUUCUAAAUUCAAUGCAAGUAUCAGCAUCAGCAACAGCUGUUAUCACUUCAACAGCUGUUAUCACUUCAACAGCUUCCUCUAAAGUAUCAGAUUGUGAAGCAAUUGAAAAAAUUCUUCCAGUCUCAUCUUCAUCCUCAGUUUCCAUUUUAGAAAAAACUUCUGUUGUACCGGUAUCAUCUGACUCAAAUGAAAUCCCAGAUUUGGCAUUAAAAAUCACAUCAGUGCCAACAAAGACUUUGACAAUGCCUUCAUCUUCUACAAAAAUGCCUUCUAAGUCUGAUCUCAUACAGCCAUCUUUAGAUUCUGAUUUUGCUUCUGCUGCAAAUUCCCUCUGUGUAGAUUUACCCUGUGUUAAAGUUCAAGAAUCAUCCCAAAUCUCGUCAACAGCAUCACUUUUGACUCAACAUGACUCGUCAAAUUUGAGAUUUUCUUCACAUCCACCCUCUUUGGUUUCAUCAACUGAUAAAAAUCCAAAGGAAAAAGAUCCUGAUGUUUCUGGCUCCCAUGCAAUCAUCCAGGAGGAAGCUAAUUCAACAAAUUCCAAAAUUUUAAUUCCUCUUGAUUCAUCAACUGGAGAAAAGCCAAGCUGUACUGCCUCUUCUCCUGUCAUCACAUCUGUCAAUUCAACAGUUUCAAUUGAACUAGCAACCUUUUCAAAAUCCAACAAAGCAUCUGAUAUUCCAAAUAAAGUCUCUAAAAGUAUUACCAAACUGCAGCAUGUAGAUGAAAAAGCUCAAGAAAGACCUAAUAAACUGGAAUGUAAUAUAGCCAAGAGAGUUGACCCCUCUGAUGAUAUUCAGUGUGAUUUAAAAGUGCAGGACAAUGCAGAAUCUCAUCUGUUGAUUUCUGAGAGCAUUCUAUCCACUGAAGGUACUAUAUCCAGUAAUUGUUCAAAUGGGAAUGUUGAACAUUUGAAGCCUAAUGAAAAUUCAAUUGAUUCUAGUGAGAGAGUUAACACUGAGGAUAUCACUGUAGAGAAGUUAGAUGAAACAACUUUCAUUAAUAAAUCUGCUGAGGGUAGUGAUAUUCUCAAGUCAAUUAUAUCAGUAUUUGGCAUAACAGCUUCUGAAAAUUUAUCAGAUGAGACUAUAAUGGGGACUGAUACAGUCACAUCAAAUGAGAGUACAAGUGGUGAAUCAUCUAAAAGACUUGGAACUGCCACAGAUCCUUCUGAGAGCCUUGUUGAUUCAGCAGUUCCCAAGAUUGUUCUAGAUGAGGAAGAAGCCAUGGACAUUGACGAUUCUAUUGUGACAAAUAUCAGGGAUGUACAGAAAGGAUCACUUGAUAAAAGUGUGGCAGAUGCAUCAUUGUUUCUUGAUGAUGAAUCCUGCGACACAGUCAUGCGCAAACCAGAACCGGUAUCAAAUAUCCGAGAAGAGACUCUGGCUGGUGAUCCUCGGUUAGAGGCACUUGAUAUCGGCAUCACAGAAUCUGCUUCUAUGGAUGAUGCAGAUGACUCUUCUGUUGAUGCCUCAAAGGUCACAAUUAAUAAUCUAGAAAGCAGUGUUGACCAGAGUAUUGCUGCUGAGGAAGGAAAUGAAGAGCAAGAGGAUGAUGAUGAUACUUCGAAAAAAUCUGUAAAGAAACGCAAAAAACCACGGCGCUCUAUUUUCUACAAGCCUCGGCCUGAACGGAAACGAAAGGAAAAAGAGCAAGAGGAGAAUACAACAACAGGACUUGCUGGGGAGCAGGCUUCAGUAGGCAGCCCUGUCACCAACUUAGACGAAGACUCGCAGGGAUCGUCAAGUGCCAAGAAAGAGAAAGAAGUGCGCCGCUUCCGCUACGAGGUUGUCGUACCUGAGAGCACCGAAGCCUUCACAGUGGAUAAGGUCAUGGAGUACGUGUGGCCGCUGGAGGGAGGCUAUGGUGAACAUUACUUUGUACAGGAACACAUCUCGCAGUACAUCGGCAUCAGCUCCUUCAAGCGCAAGUAUCCUGACCUGAGACGCCGCCCCAUCGACGUCUCCGAGCGCGACUACCUCAAGGAGCUGGGAGUCGUGUCAGAGAUUGCCUGCGAUAUGGGGCUGACGGCGGUGCGCAGCGAGGACGUCAUGGAUAUUCUCUUUGCUGACUUCCCUGCCAAGUUCGAGGAGCUCAGCAAGCAUCUCAGUGAGAGGCGCGACAAUCAGCUCAAACAACAGGGAAAAGUGGACUAUCAACUGGCAAACAUUGACAAGUCCAAACUGCACGAGUAUGCCCGACAAGCUGCAGAAGAAGCUGCCCUCUGGAAUGCAGCUCUCUGCAGGGAGAAGAGAGAGGAGCGCAGAUACUCAUUCGACCUUCAAACGUUCACGCUGCAGCAGCCCUUGGGGGUGAGAAAAAAACUACCGCCUUCUGCCACGCGGGUUGGCCACUACCCUGUGGCUGUUCUGCCUGGGCAAUACACGGACUACUGCAAGAGAUACACGAGUGAAGAGCUGAAGAAACUGCCCCUGAACUCGGUGUGCGUUGGGCCGCUGUAUGAAGACUUGCCUCAGGAAGAAGCCGACCAACUCGGGGCCUCUGCUGAUGCUGAUCAUGAUGGACAAAUUAAGAGUGAGCUUCCUGAGGAGAAGGGGCUGCUGUGCAAGGUGUGUUUCUUCGGCAAGGAAAGAAACAAGGCAGGCAAACCUGAAGGCCUGAUAGUUUGCGCCAAAUGCUCGUCUGCCUCGCACGCGUCUUGCGUCGACCUGAACCCAAGCAUGAUUCCGCGCAUCAACUCGUACAGCUGGCAAUGCAUGGAAUGCAAGCACUGCAUGCAGUGCAAGACUGCUGAGGACGAAGAUAAAAUGAUUUUCUGUGAUCUUUGUGACAGGGGGUACCACAUAUACUGCGUGGGGCUGCGUCGCGUACCACAGGGGCGAUGGCACUGCAAGGAGUGUGCCAUGUGCAACAGCUGUGGUGCCAGGACGCCUGCUGGUGGCGAGGUCAUCAAGAACGCUGAGUGGCAGCAUGAGUUCCGGAAGCGCAAGGACAACAAGAUCGGGUACGCGACGACGCUGUGUGUGCCGUGCGACCGCCUCUGGAAGCGCCGUCAGUAUUGCUACGUGUGCCUAAAGGUCUACAAGAGCAUCGUCGAGGACAGCAUGGUGCGCUGCGCCAACUGCCCCAAGUACAUUCACAGGGAAAAACACGAAUGCAGCGCGAUGUUCGAGGGCGAGUUCCUAUGUCUGCCAUGCUUCAAGUCGAGCAAGACGACCAUCCUCAACCACAACCGCAUCAUCGCUGCUGCCAAGAGGAAGAUGGCGUCUGGAUUCUAGCAAUGCUUUAUCUCCUCUUCAUAAUUUAGAUCGCGUUCACAUUGUUCAUUUAAUUUACUUUCCUUCACUACAGUUCAGAAAACUAACACGAACUUUAGAUUGCGUUAGUUUUCUUUAUCUUCUUUUCAUUAUUUACUUGACGUUCACGAUAUCCAUUUAAUUCACUUGCUGACUUCAUAUUGCAUUAGUUAAUAACCUUAUUGGAUUAUGUGGCUUCUUUGAUGACUGGUUCUGCAUUUUUAUAAUGUGAUUUUUCUCGUAUUGGUCUAUACAAUGUGGAUGUUCAGAUGAACAUUGGUUAUUAAUCUGGUUUCAGCUGUAUUGCGUGGAUCAGUGUAUUUUACAUUCAGAACACCUUAUUUACUGCAUUCCAGUCAGAUAAGCAGUGCACUAUUGUUUUCACAUUGUAAAAUUAAAUGUGCUUUCUUCAUUUAAGACUAGCAUUAUCUGGUUGACAAGCAGCGACUCUUACUGUGGAUGUCUGCGACGAAUCAGCUUCUCACAUUAUUUUACUGGAUCACAAUCUUUCUAUUUUUAUCGGUUUUCUAGGGGUACUUCUGAAUUCCAUUAUUAUGCAACGUUUCUCAAGUUUGACUCAUCUUAUACACUUGAAUGCAAUCUUUCAAAGUCAUAGCAAAAAAAAAAAAUAAAUAAAUAAAUAAAAAUAGCAAAGACAUAGCAAAAUCUGAAAAAAUUUUAUUCGUGGAGAAAUUUAACAGUACAUUGUAAAACAAACUUUCCUCAAUUGUGCGUUUCUACGUGGAAUUCUUAAAUUAUUUUUUCUAUGUCUUUGCAGUAAAUAUUUUCAUUUACGAGGUAAAAAGUAUUAAAUAUAUAGGUAAAUAACGAGGUAUCACGAAUCUCUUAUUAUCUAAAUUCGCUCGAAUCAAAAUAUUUUAAAUUCUUUUAUGUUAAUUGAUAACAAUUUUAAGUGCAAAUCUUGCAGCGUUGGCGUUAUUAGCAUUCCAGGGGUUUUAAUAAGGCUUUUUCUUGGUCUAUGGGGUUCGAUUUGCACUCUUCAUCACGUGUAGGUUUACGAUAAAUUCAUUCAAGUUAUUAUGUUGUCUUCCAAUCAAGCUAAAUAGUUUGGGAUAAUUUCACGGUUUCAAACACGUGAUAAUGGAUGAAAAUCUUCUAAAAAAUGGUAACUGUGGCUUGAGAUCCUUGAGUAUCAAUAUGAUACAUCAUUAUCUGCAUGCAGGCGGCUGCGAUCAUUUCUUGAUGCUUGCCCAUUUUAUGCUUUACUUUAAUUUUUGGGGUUGCUUGCAUUGAUCUGUGCGUUUGAAAACGAACAUUUUUUGGAUGUAUUAAAGUAGGGAAUUUUUGUGGUGAUAAUUUGAUAGAGUUCUUGGAAUAUACUGCAAUUAAUGUCUAGUUACUAAUUAGUUUCAUGUUGGUGAUUAGGUUAUUAAUUCUAAGUGGUAGUACUGUAACAAGUGAACUGAUUUUCUCAAGACUAAGUCAGUCGC